GGAGAACUGAAUGGGCGUGUCGGAAAGAUGUGUCACUCAACCCCUGAAUUGUUUCUAUGUUGUUCCUGUUCAAGCAGUGCAGCGGGUGGACGUUUGAACGAUGUGUCCCCGCAGUACAAAUUACUUCACAGACUAUAACUGCAACACUUUUAGCUGAUGCCCUUGAUCUUCAAUGACAAUCAUCUACAAAUAUCUAUUUAUAAUAUAUAAAUAUCGGGAGACGGAAUUUGGACACAUUCCUGUGUCAUAGAGGACGUAUACGAUGGAUGAUCUAUGGGCUAUAACCCUGUGGGGGCUGAAGACUUGGUUGUACCUACUCCUGGCAUCAAUCAUGGUGCCUGCCAUGUUUGGCUUCUCUCUGGGCGUCUCAGAGACCUACAUGACCAUCCUGGUGAAGACACUGGAGUGGGCCACUUUGAAGAUGCGCAAAAACACAGAGGACCAUGCCCUCAAAGUUUCUAGAUCUAGCAGUCUGAUCCAGAGGGGGAACGACUCUAUGGAGAAAGAGUUUGAGGAGCUCAGACGCAGUCGCCCAAAACAACCGCUAGGUGGCGACUUCACAUUUAGCGACUCUUUCUAUUUCACCCGUCAAGGCAUUGAAAGCAUUGUAGAAGAUGAGGUGACCCAGCGGUUCUCCUCGGAGGAGUUGGUGUCAUGGAACCUGUUGACCCGCACCAACAACGAUUUCCACUAUAUAAGCCUGAAACUGACUCUGGUGUACGGCUUGGGCGUCCUUAUCAGAUACUGCAUCCUCGCCCCGCUCAGAAUUACCCUGGCUACUAUCGGUCUCUCCUGGCUCGUCAUAGGAACAUCUGCGGUCGGGCUUCUACCAAACGGAAGGAUUAAGACCUGGCUGAGCGAGUGGGUUCAUUUGAUGUGCUACAGGAUCUGUGCCCGGGGUCUUUCUGCAGCUAUUCAGUAUCACAACAAAGAAAACCGACCCCGGAAGGGAGGGAUCUGUGUGGCCAAUCACACUUCUCCCAUUGAUAUUGUGAUCCUCUGUAAUGACGGAUGCUACGCCAUGGUGGGCCAGAUCCACGGGGGCCUGAUGGGAGUGCUCCAGAGAGCCAUGGUGCGAUCCUGUCCUCAUGUCUGGUUCGAAAGGGCUGAGAUGAAAGAUCGACACCUAGUGACCAAGAGGUUGACUGACCACGUUAACGACAAGACAAAACUUCCCAUACUGAUUUUCCCAGAGGGCACUUGCGUCAACAACACCUCUGUGAUGAUGUUCAAAAAGGGAAGCUUUGAGAUUGGAGGAACGAUAUACCCAGUCGCCAUUAAGUAUGACCUGAAGUUUGGCGACGCCUUCUGGAACAGUUCAAAGUACAACAUGGUCAGUUACCUGCUCAGGAUGAUGACCAGUUGGGCGCUGGUCUGUGAUGUCUGGUACCUGCCACCCAUGCAUCAACAGGAGAACGAAGACGCGGUCCGGUUUGCCAACAGAGUUAAAUCAGCCAUUGCUCACCAGGGUGGACUAUUAGAUCUGCAAUGGGAUGGUGGCCUGAAGAGGGCAAAGGUCAAGGAAUCGUUCAAGGAGGAGCAGCAGAAGCAGUACAGCAGUAUGAUGGUUGGAGACGACAGCAGCAACAGUGACUAAAGGGGUCAAAGUGCAGUGGGUCGCUAACAGACUUGUCCUCAGCGAGUGAUGGCUGAUGGCUGUUUGAUUGGACUGGACGUUGAAUACCACUGACUGAAUGUGUCCUCAAGAGUCGCAGGACCGGAAUGGAUUACUUUUGACUGGUAAAGGAACGACAACAACAAGCAUGGGUAUCUUUUAAAUGGAGUAAGGAAGAACAUAAACGGACCGAACAAACUAAAUGGAUUCACCUUUGUGAUGCCAUUUUACCUUUGAUGCCCAACUGGGAAACAUUAUGAAACAAUCUUGUUUUUUUAGAAUGAAUUUAAGAUCUUUUCUAAUAUUUCUCCAAUGCGUCCCACCAUAUUUCUCUUUCCCAAUCUGUUUGUCUCUCUAUUUAUCCCUUUAUCUCUCAUCUAGUGGCGGAAAGCCAAGAUACAUUUUCACUGCCAAACUGUUUCACAAGGUUAUAAGACAUCGUCAUUUACAAUGUAAGAAACAGCUUUUUACAUGCAGAAAUCUCUUCCCUUGACAUCAGAAAUGUUCUAGAUAUGAUUACAUGUCUGAGCCAUGGCUAUUCAGCCACAAGGGAAAAGAUCAGAUCUGAGCAAGAAAGGAAUGCAGCCUGAGCAUAUAUAGCCUAGAGAGGGAGGUGAAGCUGUUUUACACUUUUUUCUCGUUCGUAUCACUCAGACUGUAGUAAAUAAUUUGCUUCUAAAACAGUUAAAAAUGGCAGGGAGACAUUUUUUAUUAUUAAGGAAAACCUCACCAGUCAUUAAACAAUUACCCAUCUUCCAGUCCAAAGGUGAAAGGUCACAAAAAUGCAACAGGGAGGUGUUGGCAAAUGAAAUAAUACAUCAUGGUGUCAGGCAUUGCAGACGAACAAAGUCAGUAGAUGAUGGGUGGUCUUUAUAGCAGGGUGCAUGUUUUGGACUUCCUUAAACUCUUGUCACUUGGCGGUUUCUCUUCCGAUUCAUCGUCGCUGCAUUGAGACUUCUCUGUGAUCCCUUUUUUUAAAAUGUAAAAAAAAACAUUCAGUACCUUCCCGAGUCAUUUAGCUUGAUCUAUUAAUUCAAUGUUUCUCACCAUCAUCCUCGGCAUUGUGUUGAGGACUGGCAUCCUGGGAUGAAAUCAGACAAUGUGGGGUUUAAUAAAUAACCGACACCAACUCUACAGUUGAUGGUGUUGGGGUGUUUCCAAAAUGUCAGUGAAAAGUGUGGAUAUGUAAUAAGACUGAGUCAAUUGUGUGUUUUUGUAAAACGGAUAUACCACUUACCCCUGUGCCGUCGCUUCCCUGCCUUAGUCUCUGUGUAGAUUCCAGAUACCUUCCCAAAGGGAGAAACCAAUAGUUUACAUUUCGGAAGAGCAACGUUGUGUUUUUGUAAUCGACAAACCGGAAGCAUGGAAGGCGGCCCUAAAACAAUGAAGAUGCACAAACAGUCCACUUAUAGCAUUCAAGCAUUGAUUUCUGCAUGACUGGAUUGUCCUGUGCAGGGCAGCCAAGAGAAACACGGCCAAAUGAAACAUUUAUGAGGCUAACGAAUGCCUAAUGUCAUUAUCUUAAGCUGCACUGUUCGGACGACACACAGGUUGCUAUUGAUACAGGCACCCUGUGUCAACAGGGCCUUGAUUGCUAAGCAAUGGUUGACUGUUACUUUUCAAAUGACCCCUAAACAGAAGGCCUUAAAAAUACACCACUUUGAUAAGACGGUACGUACUUAACGGCCUGUAAUUCAAAGUGUAGAUGUUCUUCCCAAUGUAGCUCAUUGUUUUCAAUUUCUCAUUCUAAACUCCGAUUGUAAGAGUAUUUCCUUCAUUACAAUUUGUUGGGUAGGCAAUAAGCUAAGAUACAAAUGUAUUAAUCCCGAAGAAAUUCUUGUGCCAGAGUUUGCACAAAAUAAUGCCUACUUGAGAUAUCCCAGGUCAGGUUAAAUGUUUCAUGCAUUGUGGAAUGAUAUAUUUUAAGUACCUUUCAGUACGUCGCUUGCAGCAUUAAAAUUAUUGAAAAGGGUUGUGCUCACCGUUUUAGGUAGGAGUCGUGGCUCCUGUUGUACCGUUUGGUCUCCUUCGUCCCCCCGUCGGGUGACCAGGCUAUAGCUGUGUCUAUUCCUGGGGCCACUCGGCCCGUUGCUCCAGAGGAAAUGGGCAUGGUUGUGACAAGACCUACAUGUCACCCUCAAAAAAGUACUUUUUGUAAAAGUACUGAUGUUUGGCUCUUGGUUAACGGAACAGCUCAAGAGUCAAUGCUUAAAGCCCAUCGGUGUUGCUGUCUGUGUCUUUGUGA